AUGGAGACACUCGACCUGCCACCGGCCGCCUUCUUCAAUCGCCAUCCCAAUUCGCCGCCAAUGACACCUGCUGGCGCUCGUUCGCAGAUCCGCUCUGCGCCCACGACGAGACACACAUCUCCUAUCUCCAAGCGCAUGGGCAUGUCGCACUUGGCUCAGACGCCACCACUGGAAUACAUUGAACCGACUGGACAUGGUCACCAGUUCAGGUUCACGCGACCACAGUCGCUCAACCUCUCCUCACGGCCGUCCAGCAUAUCAGGGCGGGUCCAGCCAACCACACCGCAAGACUCGGAAAGUGAGUUCGCCUCUGAUGAGGACAGUGAGGUAGAGGAGAUACGUCCGAUGCGACGUACGGAGAAAGCAUACUUUGUCCUCGAAGAGCUAGAGAGCGACCCUGGCUACGACAGCGACAUAGAGAUCGUCAGGCCGGACCACUUCGAAGAUGCGAAAAGCGAGAUUGGCUCUAAAGGAAAGAAUGAAGUGUACGAAAGACUUAAAGAGCUGGAUCUCGACCAGGACUCCUCGGAUGAAGAAGAGCAAGAGCGAAGAUAUCGACAAAAGAAAAAGCGAUGGAGCGCCGGCGUCUUCAAGCGUAGCCAUAGUCAGAGUGUCGAGGGCGAUAGCAGCUACUCGGACAACGACCCAGCCGACGACAACAACAUUCAGGCGCGCCGUCUGCGCCGUCGGGUCCGGGGGGCCUUCGACAGGAGGGGGUCGCUCAUCUUCCAGGAUCCUGGGUACUCAAACACCAACAACAUUCUGGAGGUCGAUGAGCCCAUUGAGGGGAUGGUUCCGCAUACCAGAGGGCCACCGUCGAUCCCCAGCGACGAUGCUUUCACACUGGAUGAGAUGCCGUUCUGGAAACACGGCGAGAUUAUGGAUUUCUCUGUCUUCGAGUCCGAUUUCUAA